UCCUAUUGACAUCUGGUCUAUAGGUUAUUUUUUCUUUGCAUUCCUGAUUAAUGCUACCUACUUAAUGUCAUGUUGGAUCACAGUGAUGAUUUCAGUGGAACGAUGUUUCUGUGUGGUAUCGCCAUUUAAAGUGAAACAAAUUUUCACACGCGAUCGUUGUGUCACAUCCGUUCUUAUUAUAUACGUUGUUUUCAUUGUAAUUCAU